AAACUUACCUCCCCUAUUUAGUAUGUUACCAUUUUCUAAUGUAGGAAAUCGAAAGUAGUGUUGUUUUUUUUAAACUUUUACUCUUUCGUUUCGGUUUGUUUGUCUCCCGACUCUGAAAUCCACGGGGAAUUUCCCGUGGGGAAAAUCCAUCCGCCACAAAGUCCAAAACGGCUAGGUCAGUAAAAAAAUAGAACUUGUAAUACACCAGGGACAUCCUUGAGGGCGACAGAUGGAGAAAGCACAGAAAACGGCGCUGAGGAAAUGCAGAGUGCAGUUGGUCACUGAUUUGCAGAUAAAAGAUGUCUAUGACUUUAUAGAUAAAUACCAGCUUCUUACACCUAUCAUGUUGGAACAAUUAAAGGCAAAGGAAUCGAGGCCGGAUCAAGUGAGAGCAUUUCUGGACUUGCUUCCAAGAAGGGGUCCGAAGGCAUUCAACACGUUCUUACAGAUCCUGCUGGAAUCUGGGCAUAAGACACUAGCAGAUGCAAUAUUACUGGAGUACCAGCAAACAGGGGCCAAUCUGGCAGAGCUUACCAUCAAUCCCAGGGCAGAAGUUCUCCAGAAUGGGGAAACUCAAGAGAUGGAAACUGAGCCUAGCUGGACGGGUAUACAGGAAACUCAGGGCGGUUCAGGUAAAUGUGCCCCAUCUACAAACUCUGGGCCCAAUUAUGUUCCACCCUCAAGCUCCUCAGGCUCUUUUCCGGAAUCACUAUCAUCUCGGGCUAGCAGUGCCUCACUGAAUGGGCCAGGUUACACCGGAAAUAUGGAAGAGGAAUAUCGUAUGGUGUCGGACCCCAGGGGCCUGCUACUGAUCAUAAACAACAAGAAAUUUACAGGAGACCUAGAGACCAGAGAUGGUACUGAUGUAGACAGGGACAAUCUCAAAGAACUCUUUCUCAAACUGGGAUUUGGUGUGGAAAUCCGAGAAAACCUGAAGGCCAUGGAGAUCAUAGCCAACCUGAAUUACUUGUCGAAGCAUUCCCAGCUUAAAGAUGUAGACAGUUUAGCUGUGGCAAUUCUUACCCAUGGCAGUGAUGACCUUGUGUUUGGAGUUGACUGUGUCCAGAUAAAUGUGUACGACAUUUACAAUAUCUUCACUGCAGACAAUUGCCCAGCCCUACGUAACAAACCAAAGUUUUUCAUUGUGAAUGCCUGCAGAGGUGACAGUGAAGACAAAGGUAGCUUAGGGCACUCUAACAUCAGCAAGUGUGCAGCAUCGGUUGAUGUCCGCCCUAUGGCAGAAGAAGGCAGUGUCUGCCGUAUUCCCAACAUGCAAGACUUCCUGAUUGCCUAUUCAACCAUUCCACGCCAUGUCAGUUGGCGGCACAAACAUGACGGCAGUUUUUUCAUCCAGGGUUUUGUGAAGGUCUUCUCAGAGAACGCUAACAGUGUGGAUGUACUCAGAAUGCUGGUCAAGGUAAACAACAGUGUAUCCAAGAUAGAUGAGUAUGCUGGCAUACAGAUUCCUGCUCCCCAGGUCAUGCUGACAAAAACCUGGUACCUCAACCCACCAUCAACCCCUCGAGAUCCAACAGGGGCAUCCUGAACACACCCUCUCCCCUCUAGAUCCAACAGAGGCCUCCUUAACCUGCCAUCCUCGCUACUAGAUCAAGCAGGGGCCUCCUGAACACACCCUCUCCCGUACUAAAUCUAAGGGUCUUCCUUAACAUGUCUUGCUGAAAACAGACAGUACACAAAUGGCCGGUUGCCUGACUUUACUAAACUGUGUUUAUAGGAUGAAAAAUAAUUAUGCCCAUGAAUUUUCACCGUUUGCUAUUGUAGUAUAAACCUAGAUUUCUUAAACCUUUUUUUUUUUACAAAGAUUGUCAAGAAAGCUACAUGUGUACAUUAACUUGUACUAAGUCUUGUUGGCACAAUGUUGAGGGAGAGUGUGGUCUUGUGGGGGAAACCAGAGAUAACCCAUUUGUCUGAUUUUGUGACCCAUAACCAAACUCACAUGUGCCCAGGUCGGGAGUCAAGCCCAGGUCGCCUUGGUUAGAAGCGAGUGCCCUAACCAGACAACCUAGAUUGGACAAGAAACAUCUGAGCAACUGGCCAUAAUGCUUUGCCAAGCUUUGUUUCUUGACAUAAUGUACUGAGCCCUCUUGAAAGAACAUAAUUACAAGAACUUCAUUCCUGAUUUUACCAGCAGUGCAAUCAUGGCAAUGGGUUGAUCCUGUUUUGCAUGCAUGUGUUAAAUGUAUUAUGUUAAUUAUUUAUAAUUGUAUAUUUCCCAUUGCCAGAGGUGGAAGUCCUUGUGAUUUUGUGGGCAGUAUUUCUUAAAAAGAAGUGUUUUUAUCAUCAAGAGAAGAUUGUCAUAGCUCACCUUUGCUCAACAUUGUACUGAUGAGCUGAGCUAUUGUGAUUGAUAUUUUUCUAUUGUCUUCUCUUGCUUUUUUACAUAAGCAGCCACAAUUUCUACCCAACUUCAUGAAACUCAUGAUGUAGGCCAAUUUCAGUUGUUCGUGAUUUUGCCGAUUUUAAAAGUAAUCCAGCGUUUAGGUUAAUUUAAGAAUAUUUUUUUUACAAAGUAAGAUAUGCUUUUUGAUAGUGUUUUAUAUGGUAGUUUAUAUGUCUUUGCAUUAUGAUGUUUAUAUAUUUUGCAUAUAUAUAUAUUUUUAAUUGUUUAUAGCAGACCUUGCUUAAAAAUGUUUUUACGGUAAUUUUUGUACCUCCUCACUUUAAUACUUACUGGUAUGUGAAAAAACAUCCAGCUUUGGGUUAGCAAAAUGAACUUUAUGGAAUCACUCAAAUCUUAAUAAAAAACGUUGACCAAAGGUUAAAGGUUAAAGUGAGAGCUGUUCAAAGAUUAUUCUUUUGAUGGUUUAAAGGUGUAAACAUUAUAGGUCCUGGUGUCCUUAUCAAGUGUGUGUUUCUGAAUGAAUUUAUAUUUUAUAUUUUAUACAGUUAUCAUUGUUAUGAUUUAGUAUAUGAAUAUCAAAUGUGUGCCAAAGAGUUUGUUUAAUAUCAAUUUAACACAUAAAUCACCGAUAGUUCUGGACUUUGUAUAAGUAACCAACGUUGUUUACGUCAUUGUUAUUAACUUGAAAAUUUUCAUUGCUCAGAAAGUUUCUUGGAUACACGUUUGUGAUAUGUGGUUAUCUAAGAAGAUUAAAAAAAUUAACAAAUU